CUCCCAUAAUGCCUCUGAGUCACGUGGCUCUAGAUUAACUGAAGGUCGUGCGGGGAAAAGCACUUUCUUGUUGCUGGGUUCGUGUUCUGGGCAAUAUGCUGACCAGCACCGUCCGUCGGUUCGCCACCUCCGCCCUUCGCCGGGUGCAUUAUGAAGAUGGGCCGGGAACGAAUCUCCCGUUCUCUGUUAACAACAAAUGGAAAUUGCUGUUCGGAACUUUUAUCUUUACUAUAACUGGUAUUGGUGGUCCCUGUUUUAUUGUAAGGCAUCAGCUGCUUAAGCAGUGAAUAUGUUAUAACAGAUUGUGAAGAAAGUACAGAAGGAAAGAUAAAGUUAAAACUAAGCAUCCUCCUUAUCCUUAUAAAUAAAAGUUAUAUCUGAAAGUA